AUGGCGCAUAAACGUGCAUUAGAAGCACUUAACCGAACAUUAAAAGAUUUACGCAAUGACUCGAGAUGUUUUGGGGGAGCAAUAAUUUUACUGUCUGGCGAUUUCCGCCAAAUACUGCCAGUAAUUCCAAGAUAUACAGCUGCCGAUGAAAUAAACGCUUGCCUCAAAUCGUCAAAUCUAUGGCGCUAUGUGAAGAAACUGCAGCUGACAAUAAACAUGAGAGUUACAUUGCUUAAUUAUACAUCUACUGAAGAUUUCUCGGAGCAAUUGCUGACUAUCGGUAAUGGUCAAGUACCUGUCGAUGAAUCGAGCGGAUUAAUAUCAUUUCCAAAUAAUUUCUGUAAUUUUGUCUCAUUAAAAGACGAACUUAUCAACAAUGUAUUUCCAAAUAUUAUUUCUAACUACAAAAAUAAUGAAUGGGUGAGUGAGCGAGCAAUUUUAGCGGCUAAGAAUAAAGAUGUAGAUGGCCUGAACUACAUAAUUCAAAAUAAGAUCAUUGGAACAAUGCAUUCAUUCAAAUCUAUUGACUGCGUCACAAAUGAAGAUGAAGCCACCAACUAUCCAAUUGAAUUUUUAAACUCUUUGGACGUGCGUGACUUACCACCGCACAAUUUAUGCCUAAAGGUUGGCUCCGUAGUAAUCAUGCUUCGAAACAUAAACCAACCAAAACUGUGCAACGGUACGUGUUUGGUGGUUAGUAAAUUAAUGAACAAUGUAAUUUACGCUACGAUAAUGAUAGGAAAAUUCAAAGAUGCUGUUGUUGGUUGCUGUAUUAAAGUAGCAACAAAAAAUAUAGACGCAUAUACCAUAGAUAAGAAGAUUAGGGCAUAUACGUCUAUACUCUUUGGUGAAAAUGUUCUAUCUGCAGGCAUAUUCUCUAUAAAAGAUGAAUCUAUAAUCCAACAAAUGAAUUUAUAUUUGACCACAAGUAAAUGUAUCGUCGACAACUAA